UGAGUAAUGUUUGAAUGUCAUAGUGGUCAAUAGUGACAAUACUUUAAAAUUUUUUACUAUCACUGUCAAUACUUAAAUACUGAAAGGGCUCCUAGGCGUUUUCAACGUUCCAUACCAUUGAGGAUCCCUGAUCUGUAGCCUCUGAGUGGAAGAGUGUAAAAGAGGAUAAAAUCCAGAGGGAGGCAGCAAUUCAUCAUUACAGAUACCAGACACGAAGACAAUUUUUUUAAUGUCGUUUUUGAUCAACGAUAUCACUUUAAAAAAUCUAGAUAUAAAAAAUAUCAUGGACCGAAGUCUAAUUAAGAUGAAUUCAGAUGGACAUUAGACUGAAGUGAAGCUAUUUAUUGUUUUAUGUACACUUGAAUAUCGAGAUUAAAGAGAGGAGACAAAGAGGGAGAGAGGGAGAGGGCGCUUCUUCCAUCAUCCUUCCUGGUGGGAGGUUUGAGAUGCACUGCGCAGAACCGUCCGCUACCGACGCAUCUUCCUGGCUUGCCUGCCUCCCCUCCUCUUGCUCACCCUCCUCUCCCCUCCCCUCGUCUCUCCCUGUCCUCUCUCUCAGUCUCUCUUUUCCUCCCUCUGCUGUCUGACACUAGCCUACCUGGGAGGAAGUGCACACACAAAGCUAAUAAAGAAAAUCUGGCGCGUCGGCCGGGCCUGGCCAGCGCUAUGCUGCGGUAAGAGGAGCCGCUGUCUGCGGUGUUUUCAGGGGAUGUAGAGAGGCCACAAAGACGUCGCUCUCCCUGACGGAAGGAAGGACGUUAGGGAAGGACCACACCGUGUUUGCAACCGCUCUGCUUUACUGUGCCCAGCCCGCUGCAUCGCUAGGCGGCCUGCAAGCCAACAAGAUGUCGACCCGUACGCCAUUGCCCACCGUGAACGAGCGCGACACGGAGAACCACUCAUCAGUGGAUGGCUUUGUCGAGCCUCCUGCACCUCCCACAAAGUCAGCAAGCCGUCACAGUCUGCCGAGAUGUCGCAACUCUUUUACCUCCUCAGAAGAGCAUCCUCAUAUAGGCAAUUAUCGCCUCCUCAAGACCAUCGGGAAAGGGAAUUUUGCCAAGGUGAAGUUGGCUCGUCACGUCCUGACUGGACGAGAGGUGGCGGUGAAGAUUAUAGACAAAACCCAGCUGAAUCCCACCAGUCUACAGAAGCUCUUCAGGGAAGUCCGAAUAAUGAAGCUACUGAAUCAUCCAAACAUAGUGAAAUUGUUUGAGGUGAUCGAAACGGAGAAGACACUUUACCUGGUUAUGGAGUACGCCAGUGGUGGGGAGGUUUUCGAUUAUCUUGUGGCUCAUGGUAGAAUGAAGGAGAAGGAGGCCAGGGCCAAGUUCAGACAGAUUGUGUCUGCAGUGCAGUAUUGUCACCAGAGGAGGAUAGUACACAGGGAUUUGAAAGCAGAGAACCUGUUGUUAGACGCUGACAUGAACAUCAAGAUCGCCGACUUUGGUUUUAGUAAUGAGUUCACCGUGGGCAGUAAGCUGGACACUUUCUGCGGCUCUCCGCCCUACGCUGCUCCAGAACUCUUCCAGGGAAAGAAGUACGACGGACCGGAAGUGGACGUCUGGAGCUUGGGGGUCAUCCUGUACACACUGGUCAGCGGGUCGCUGCCCUUCGACGGCCAAAAUCUAAAGGAGUUGAGGGAGAGAGUCCUGCGAGGAAAGUACCGCAUUCCUUUCUACAUGUCCACCGACUGUGAAAACCUGCUGAAGAAACUGCUCGUCCUCAACCCAGUGAAGCGAGGCAGUUUGGAGCAAAUCAUGAAAGACCAUUGGAUGAAUGUGGGUCAUGAGGAGGAGGAGCUUAAACCUUACAUCGAGCCUGAGGCAGACUUCAGUGAUUCAUCCAGAAUAGAGCUCAUGGUGACGAUGGGUUUCCCAAAGGAUGAGAUCACAGAGUCUCUACAGGGCCAGAAGUACGAUGACGUCAUGGCCACCUACCUGCUGUUGGGCAGAAAAGCACCUGAGUUUGAGGGGAGUGAGCCUCUGACUAACAGCGUUUUAGGACAGAGACAGCGGCCGACCAGUGACAUCAACAAUGGCUCCAGCGUCUCUCCUGCCCAUCCUAAGGUCACACGCAGCAUCUCGGCCAAUCAGAAGCAGCGUCGCUACAGUGAUCAUGUUGGUCCUUCCGUGCCCCCGGCGGUGUCGUAUACAAAGCGUGGUCAGGCCCUGAGUGUGGAAAGUGACCACAGGGAGGAGUGGGACGGAGCUCGCAGGCUAGAGCUCAGCACUUCGAAAGGGGACGUUCCUGCCUCACCUGUAGGGGUGCAGGAGAGGAAGAAAACUACGAGCGCUGUGGGGACCAACGGAUCAAUGACUCGCAGGAACACGUACGUGUGUGAACGAUCCUCCACUGAUCGCUACUCAGCCAUUCCCAACGGCAAAGACAGCAGUUUAACUGAGGUGUCGGGUAGCACUCCAUCGACUGCAAUGAGCUCCACACGACCUCGCCACACCAAGUCCAUGUCAUCAUCAGGGCAUCCUUCAAAGAGCACACUGCCCCCUAUUGACGACAACACAGAGCUAAAAGCCAGCUCCUCACCGCGGGGUCCCUCCACCUCUCCAUCUGCACACAGUAUUAGCACACCUGAGAAGAACCGCUUCCCGCGUGGCACCACCAGUCGCAGCACUUUCCAUGGAGCUCAACUCAGAGAUCGGCGCAGCGCCACCUACAACGGCCCGCCAGCCUCGCCCACACUGUCCCAUGACACGGGGGCUCUGGCCCAGCAGCGCAGAGGCACAUCCACAGGCAUCAUCAGCAAGAUCACCUCCAAGUUUGUGCGCAGGGUUCCCAGUGAAGGGGAGGCCAGUGCCAGGACAGAGACUCCAAGGAGCGUGUCUGGAGACUCUAAAGAGGACAGCGGACGGGACUCCAAGCCUCGCUCGCUGCGUUUCACGUGGAGCAUGAAGACCACCUCCUCCAUGGAGCCCGCUGAGAUGAUGAGGGAGAUCCGCAAGGUUCUGGACGCCAACAGCUGCGAUUACGAGCAACGUGAGCGCUUCCUGCUUUUCUGUGUCCACGGCGACGCCCGCCAGGACAACCUGGUCCAGUGGGAAAUGGAGGUCUGCAAGCUUCCCCGCCUUUCGCUCAACGGCGUGCGCUUCAAGAGAAUAUCGGGCACAUCCAUCGCCUUCAAAAAUAUCGCCUGCAAAAUUGCCAACGAGCUCAAACUGUGACGACAGAUGGAGUCCCAGUCGUUCUCUGGUGAACUCUGAUUACGGUCUCAUCUCAUCACUGGAUUAGUGUUGACUUAUGGGACAAAAAAAAAAUUCAGCACUGAAGGUCCUCACCAUGCAAAAUCAGGGUGGACUCGGCUGGUAACGUGCAAUACUAGCCAUGAAUGUACUGUACAGGGUAGUGGAUCAGAGAGAUCUCGCAAGAUUUAACCUCUGUGGCAGAGAGAUCGCAAAAAACAACAACCGCCCUCUUUUUUCUUUUCUUUUUUUCCGUCCAGCUCUCUGUCCCGUGCCCCUCUCUCAUUGGCCCGCUGCUCCUUGUCAUAGGACACGUUCAUGUAACACAUGCAGUAUGCAACUCAAGAUGACCAUCCUGCAAUAAUGUUUUCAGUCUCUUUUUCUAUAUGCCUAUUAAAACGAUCUACUCUCCUCGUUGAAUAACCAUUUAAAAAAAAAUACUGAAAGCUCAACUAGUGCUUUUACACCUGUGUUAAGUCGGUAUAUAGAUCAGGCUGGAGCCCAUACUAUAACUAUGUAAAAAAACGGAAUUGUACUGUAUGAAUAACAUCUGCAGGUACUGUAUUGUACAUUGAUUUUGCUUCAUGUACAGAAAUUUAAUUGUCCAUGUUGUUUUGUUUUGUUUUUCAUUGUUUUAAAGACUUUCCUAAUAUAAUGGAUGUCUCUUAGAGCAUUAUUCUUUUGGCCUGUGGCUUUUUUUUGUUAAAGUUUUAAUUCAUUUUUUUUAAGAGCCACCGUACGACAAGUGUUUUUACUUUUAUUUAAAGAGCACUAAAUUAUUUUGUGAAAUACUAGGGAUGUGUUCCCUUGCCUUUUAUGUUCUAUUUGUUUGCCUACAAAAAAAAACACUAAGUUGCACCACAUAGACUUGAGUAGUUACUUCAGUUCUAACUGAAAAUGUGUUCACUUUAUUUUAUUUUUUUCUCUCAGCAGUAAGUCAGUGACUUGGAGGUCCUGCUGCUAUUGCACAAGUUUUCCAGGGUGAAAUGUAUGGACAUGAGAGUAUGCACCUGUAUUCUUUCAUGUCAGUUUGGGAGUUCUCAAUUACAAACAGCAGAGUUUAAAUGGGUCCACUUUAGAAAGCUAAGGAAACAUCCAGCCCAAGGACCGACGAUGCAUGAGGAGUAAAACAAUCAUCCUACGAGGAGCACGUGUGUUUGUGGAGCCUUCUAAAGACCCUGUCUAAAUCCUGCUUCAGCGUGAUUGUGCCGGUACUUGUGUAUCUUCUCGCUUGUGGUUUUCUUUUUUUUUUUUUUCAAUUCAGCGGAUUAUUGUAUUUAUUCCAUUACAGUGUAAUGUGCUGCUUUGUAGAAUUGAGGCGUGCACUUUGUUGGAGAAAAUAAAAGAUUUUAUUUGUUUGU